UUUGUGCAACGUACUUAGGUAAAGUAAGAUGUUCUUGUAAAUAAAACGUGUUACACGAUGUCAGAAAAUGCCGAAUCCAAAUCACUACUGUCACACGGGUCCGACGCGGGCACCGAAUACGCUCACAAGGGAGGUAACCAGGACUUAUCUCUCCUGGCGGACUUCACUUCGCCCGAUCAUUUCUCGGACAUCACUCUGGUUGUGGAGGAUAAGCCCAUUCAUGCUCACAAGACCGUCCUGUCUUUAGCUUCCCCGGUCUGGAAGGCUAUGUUUUCUGGAGACUUUAAGGAAAAGCGAGUUGAUUUCGUGGACUUACCCGGGAAAGUGCACGGCGAUGUGGUUGAACUCCUCGAGUUUGUCUAUCCGCCGUGCAAAAAAUCCCUCACAGAUGACAAUGUCUAUAAAAUUCUGCCUUUAACCGACGAGUACCAAAUACAGUGGCUGAAAGACGCCAGCGAAGAGUUCCUCGUGGAACGCAUUCUACAGGAGGCUUCCGGUGAGCAAUUCCAAGAUUCCAACGAGAUCUCGCGGUUUUGUGUUCAGCAUAUUUACCUGGCGCAGCUGUACUCUCUGGAUCAUAUGUUUUCGGUGGCGACGAAUAUAGCAGCGGAACUACCGUUCUCAGCUCUGAAGUCAACUGAUCUUUUCUCGUCUCUGGACUGUAAAACUCUGACAUCCAUAUACGAGAAGAGAGACGAGAAAUGUCAGGGGAGAAUCAAGUUCCUUGAACAUCAAGUUGAGGAGAGUCAAUCCCUGCUAUCGUCUUACCAGCUGAAAUGCAUCGACAUUGCCACCAACGCUCUCAAGAUUAAGCGAAUGGGCACCUAUGUGCGAGUGUGCCCAGCUGAAGAGUCUAGCACGUGCGCUUGUGACUCGUGCAUUUAUUUCGGCCGCUAUUUCGAGAGGAUCAUUUCAAAUUACUCAAAAUAA